UUCAGCUGCUGCCAUACAAAGCCCAGCAGCAGAGACCCACCUUUGAUGGUACUCCACGCUAAGACUUUGGUUGUUAUAUCAAAGCACAAUUUCCUCCUGCCACCUCGGCUUCCUGUGAGGACAGCUGGAAACACUGGUGUCUUUAACAGCUGCAGCAAGAUUCUAUGAAGCUCGUUGUUAAAGCUCUGAGAGAAGAGACUCUGCAAAUGGAAAGAGUGGCAUCCAGUUUUCACUGAUUUCUGUUGGAUUUAGGUUAGGAUUUGACUAUGGCAGUGCGGUUUCUGCGGAAGGCAUCUGUGUGGUUAAAGAAGCACAAGAUCACUGUGGUGGCCGUUUCUUGCAUGGGACUGCUUGGCACUAACCUUUCCUAUCAUGUGUUUCCUGAGCAGACAUUCAAACUGUUGCACGAGGGCUGGUCAGAGGGGCAGCCAGCUGAGCUUUCCGAGCAGCUCUGUGGUGUGUUUCAGCAUGUCCUUCAGGAUACUGGUGUGAAGUCCACUGACUCCUACAGAGCCUUUGCAGCUUCUGGCUUCCACCCUGUGAGCGCUGGAAUUCCCUGGCUGCCCUCAGGCUCUUUGGUGGGCAUCCCACCUAAUUUUGAUAGCACCGCUGAGGAUAAAAAAGGAAUAGUCAACCAUGUUGUUGUAAUAAAUGGCAAGGAAGUAGACUGGGAGAGCAGUGAAGGUGUGGCUUUAAAAGAAGCUCUCACAUUUUCUCUUAAAGCUCAGAAGUUUGCCAUUGCCAGAGAAGUUGUGUAUUUGCAGUCUGCCAGCCCUUUAGUGAGUGCAGCUGUGGCUCCAACUUGCUUGGCUGGGACGUUUGUCUGUGGGAGAGCUCUAAAGCUGCUUCUGGGGUUAUCCACGGGCCCCGUGAUCCCCCGCAGCCUCUGUAACCUUGUCACUGCCAUGGGAGGACUGCUCUGCUUCUAUGUCUCUUCUGACGCUGUCACCUAUCACCUGGACUGCAGGGCCGACAGGAAGGCAGCCAGGCUUUCCAAGGACUACGCCAGAGGUGGCCUUGAAUUCUAUGAUAAAAUCUUGUCCCGCAACAGGAUUUUUCGUGGUCUGCUGGGCAAACAAGGGAUGAAAAUGUAUGCCCCGAGUGGUAACCUUUUCCCAAGGCACUGGUUCAGAAUAAAGUAUACACCAUACACUUACAGGAGGACUUUGAUUCUUAAUAUUUUAAGAGAGCUCGAGGCAUCAGAUGGGAGUGCUUGAAUUUUAAACUUGUGAAUUAUGUAUUUUGGAACACCACUGUGCUGGUUUUUUGGGGUUUUUUUUGUUGUUUUUUUUUUCCUUCUGUAUCUUCAUUAGAAUUUUGGGGUUUAUUUUUGCAUAUAGUUCGGGAAGAGUUAUUGCACGUUCCUUGAAUAAAGAAUUCUCUCUUAAAA